AAAAAUGACGCUACCGCAUGUAACACAGUAACCGUUAAGGUGUCCGACCCCCAAUGGCCAGAGUUCAGACGGUGCCCUAAUCUCGGGCCGGGAGAGCGCUAGGAGAGGAUAACCCUCCCCUCUCUGGACUAGCUUGACAGGCCUAGAUCAGGCGGGCGCCAUGCUAGAAACCAAAAUGGCUGCCCCGAGGAAGGCAGCCCAACCCGAGGAGCUGUGAGGGGGAUGCGCCGAGUGACGCCCGCCACGCCUCACCGGACCCGCCACGCACAGGUGCGGCUGGUGACUUAUAAUUUAAAUGAAGACUGGAGAAAUUAAUUCAUCACACCUGACUACAGAUCAAGUUCUGCAACAAUUAUUCAUGUAAAGAGUUUUGAUCAUCUCCCAUCAAAAGGAUAUUUCAUGUAGAUCACAAAACAUGAUCAAGUUUUUUCUGAUGGUGAACAAACAAGGCCAAACCAGACUAUCUCGUUAUUAUGAAUACCUAGAUCUUCAUAAACGGACAGUACUGGAAGCUGAAGUGAUCCAGCAGUGCCUUUCUCGUUCAAAGGAGCAAUGUUCCUUCCUCGAGUACAAAGAUUUUAGGCUGGUUUAUAGACAAUAUGCUGCUCUUUUCAUAGUGGUUGGAAUUAAUGAAACAGAGAAUGAAAUGGCUGUGUAUGAACUGAUUCAUAAUUUUGUGGAGGUUUUGGACAAGUAUUUCAGCAGAGUGAGUGAACUAGAUAUCAUGUUCAAAUUGGACAGAGUGCACAUAAUUUUGGAUGAAAUGGUAUUAAAUGGUUGUAUUAUGGAAACCAGUAAGACCAGAAUUCUUGCACCUCUUCUUGUUCUUGAUAAAAUGGCUGAAAGCUAAGACCAAGCCAGUGAAGGAUAUAGUCAUACAAGUUUUCGGUCACAAAGGGCUAUUGAGUCUGGAGUAUUCCAUUUUUUUCACACAUUGUAAAUAAGUUGAACCUUUCAUUUUCAGUCCAAAACAUCACUGGUGUAAACAAGUGCCUAGCUGUCAUUCUCUUCCUGUAAAUUUAAUUGUUCCAUAUUGUAAUAUAACAAUCUGCUUUUGUGUAAGGCAGUUGAGGAAAUAAACUUCUAAAUGCA